AUGGAGGAGAGCAGCAAGGCGGUACCUGUGUGUGGGCGCUUCCCGCAAGUGCCCUUCUGUGGCUGCACCAUCCCGUGUCGGGUUGCGAUGAAGGAGGUCCAGCUCUACAAGGUCCUGCCGGGGCUCUACCUUGGACCCCUUCAAGCGGCGUACAAGGUGGGAGAACUGCAGGAGCAGGGGAUUACGCACAUCCUUGACUUGGCCGACCAGCCCUACACGAAGUACACGGACCGCUUCAAGUACCUGAGCAUAGCGAUUGCGGACAACGAGAACGAAGACCUGCUGCAACAUUUCGCGAGCACCAACGCUUUCAUCAACGACGCAAUAGCGCGAGGGGGCGCUGUUCUCGUUCACUGCGACGCCUGCGUCUCGCGCUCGCCCAGCGUAGUCAUCGCGUAUCUUCUACACUCGCAACGAAUGGAUGUCGAUGCAGCCCUCGCUUUCGUACGCACCGCCCGAAGCCGUGCCAAGCCCAACGAGGGAUUCAUGCGCCAGCUUCGCAUCUACAACUCAUCUUUGCCAUCUCGUUGCGAUUCGAAUAGUGGUGGGAAAACCGUGUAG